AUGCCGUCCGAAAAACAUUCUGCGGUGCAGCAGUUCAAGCGCAUUGGUGUCGUGGGGGCCGGCAAUAUGGGCUCCAUGAUGACCUUUGCCUUCUCAGAACUGGGCCUCGAUGUCUCUGUGUGGGACGUGUCGAAAAACAACGUGGACAAGCUCCAGGAAUGGAUUAAAAAAGGUAAGGAGGAGGAGAAAGCACACAUUAAAGGGAAUAUCGAAGCCUUUUACAACAUUGAUGAGUUCACCAAAAGUCUGGAACGGCAAGGGGAGCGCAAGUUAUUCAUCUUCUCCAUCACCCAUGGCCACCCUGCAGACUCCGUGCUGGGGAUGAUAAGGCAUGACCUCAAGGCUGGCGACAUCAUCCUCGACGGCGGCAACGAGAACUACCGACGAACCGAGCGAAGACAGAAAGAGUGUGCCGAGAUUGGGGUCAGCUGGAUCGGGAUGGGAGUCUCCGGUGGCUAUCAGUCCGCACGACAUGGGCCGAGCCUGUCUCCCGGGGGAGAUGCCGACGCUUUGAAUUUGGUAAUGCCCCUGCUGGAGCUGUAUUCUGCCAAGGACCCCAAGACCGGUCGACCGUGUGUGGUCAAUGUCGGGCCGCGAGGUUCAGGGCAUUUUGUGAAGAUGAUCCACAAUGGAAUCGAGGGCGGCAUGCUGUCCACAACCUGCGAAGCGUGGUCGUACAUGCAUCACGGGCUGGAGCUCACGUAUGAGGAGAUCGCAGACAUCUUCGACGAGUGGAGCGAGAGUGGCGAGCUAAAAAACAGCUACCUGCUUCGGAUCGGUGCGAACAUCUGCAGGACUAAACGGACCGCCCAGGGCGACUACCAGGGCGAAGGAGCUAACCGGGAUGGCGGCUACGUGUUGGACGACGUGCUCGAUAAGGUCGUCCAGGACGACGACGGCACCGAGGGCACCCCCUUCUGGUCAAUGAUGGAGACUGCCGCACGACACAUUGCUGCCCCAACACUCGCAGCUGCACAUUACCUGCGAGUAGCAAGCGGCAACCGUGACGAACGCGUCCGCGCCGCGAAGAAGCUGCACAUGCCCAUCCCGAAACCCGUCGAGGGGAUCCACAACAAAGCCGCAUUCAUCGAUAACCUGCGCAAGGCCGUCUUCUGCUCCUUUCUCGCCUCUUUCUGCCAGGGACUCGAGAUAAUUAGCCGGGUCUCGCUGGAGGAAAAGUGGGAUAUCAACCUGGGCGACUGCCUCCGUAUCUGGCGGGCCGGCUGCAUCAUCCAGUGUGAAGGGAUCGCCGAGCUGCUGGAGCCAGCCCUGCUGUCCAACAAGCAGCUAACCAACAUGAAACACGUUGACGAGGUCGCCCGGGCGCUGCAAAAUAGCUUCAACCCCCUCAAAGAGAUCGUCGUCGAGGGCACCCUGGCGGACCAGUACAUGCCUGCUCUGUCGGCGACGCUCGAGUAUCUCAAGUACGUCGGGGGCAUCAUGCUGCCCACCAAGUUUAUGGAGGCGCAGAUGGAUUAUUUCGGGGCUCAUGCGUACAAUAAGCCCGGCAUUCCAGGCGAAGACCCGGGGCUGGUGAAGAAGGGACCUCAUCAUUAUGAGUGGCAGCCUGCAUACCCCGUCCGGAUUGCCGUGAUCGGCGGGACAGGGCUUCGCGAGCUCCCCGGCUUCACACAGGUGGCCUCUCUGAAGGUGACGACUCCCUGGGGCGAGCCGUCGUCGCCGAUCACGAUCCUGCACCACGAGUGCUCGACGACAGGGCAGAAGGUGGCGGUGGCUUUCCUCAGCCGGCACGGAACGCACCACCAGAUCGCACCGCACGAGGUGCCUGCGCGGGCGAACAUCGCGGCGCUGCGCUCGGUCGGCGUGCGGACCAUCAUCGCCUUCUCGGCCGUGGGCAGUCUGCAGGAGGCGAUCAAGCCGCGCGACUUUGUCAUCCCGGACCAGAUCAUCGAUCGCACCAAGGGGGUUCGGCCCUGGACGUACUUUGAGGGCGGGGUUGUUGCGCAUGUUCCCUUUGGGGAUCCGUUUGACGAAGGGGUCGCCAAGGUGGUGCGUGCCUGCGGGCAUAGUCUUGAGGGCGAGGGUGUUGUUCUCCAUGAUCGGGGAACACUAGUCUGCAUGGAAGGACCGCAGUUCUCGACUCGCGCAGAGAGCAACAUGUACCGCUCCUGGGGCGGGGGUGUGAUCAACAUGUCUGCAUUGCCCGAAGCCAAGCUCGCCCGCGAGGCCGAGAUCGCCUACCAGAUGAUCUGCAUGUCGACCGACUACGACUGCUGGCACGAGGGGACGGCCGACGUGACGGUGGAGAUGGUCAUGGGCAACAUGAAGGCCAACGCGGUGAACGCGCGGCGGUUCGUGGUCGCCGUGCUGGACGCCCUCGCGGCGGACGAGCACGCCGCCCUCGUCAACGCCAAGCACCUCGAGGGAUCCAUCAAGUUUGGCGUCAGCACGCCGCAGACCGAGUGGAGUGCCGAGGCGCGCGAGAAGCUGCAGUGGCUUUUCCCGGGCUAUUUCUGA